AUGUCAUCAGCCGUAGGGCGCUACGGUCGAGCUGAACAGACCUGGCAGAGUAACCACUAUGAUCAUCACCUAGAUCACAAUGGGCCUGACAACCCCGAUCUCGACUGGGAACUCAACAUCGUUCCGUCCAUAGCAGCCUAUCUAGAUGAAGAGUUGGAGACCUCCAAACUGCGCGAUACUUUGUGCGAUGAAUCGUCAGGUAUUGCCGAAUGCGACGUCCCUCUUGGCAAUCUAGAAGGCUACGACUCUCCUCAAAUGUUGCCAACUACUCAAUCUACUUCUUCUCCUAUUCAAGUCAUCAUUUCCAGUCCCUCUGAUAACGAAACACAAUCACCACCAUCUCUCUCCCGUAGCCUUUCUGGCUCGUCACAGUCACCAUCGACGCUUGCGAGCGCCAGCAAUCCAGCCACUCCGCAACUGUCACUUUCGCGCUACAGUUGCGAGAUAUGCUCCAUGGCUUUCAAUCAGCUAUCUGCACUAGCCGACCAUUAUAGAGUUUCGCACUGUCAAACUGCGGAAAGCAUAGCUGCCGGUUCAGCCGCCGAGUCGACUUCGAGCGCCACCUGCGGAGCUCGGCGCACUCGCUGGAAAGAUACCGAUGCCGAUGCGGGAAACAGUUUCUUCGACCAGAUCGCCUCCGCGCACAUGCUCAGUCGCCAAAGUGCCGCGGCCGCCUUAGCCUGUACGCGUGCUUAUGUGGACAUGCUGUCGAGAGCUUCCAGGAGCUAUCCAGCCACGUCGGCACAUGUGAUAAAUCGCGCCCCCCUGGUCGACCCAAGAGGAGUCAUGAAUAAAGGAGAGAACAUACAACUUUAG